AGCUUUGGCGUGAAUGCGAAGUCAUAAAGGGAUGAUAUUGAAUUCUUGGGCUGCAAUUCGAAAGGUCUCUUCAAUGGCGCCCACUGAAACCUCCUCCAUCUGGUUUCCUGGUUCUGCCACUCGUCGCUCUACGGUUACUCUUCUCUCAACUGUCAUACUCUGUUUCUUUUUAAAUCUUCACUGAGUUGACUCCGUACAGAGUGAGAAGGAGGGCGGGUAUUUGAUUGUUUCUCGGCGUGUCCUUUCUUUUGGGUUUUUAGAAGGGGUUAUGAUUCGAAGGAAGGCGAUGAACUGGAGGAGAGUCGCAAAGUCUGCUCAGGCUCUCGCAGCCCAUGGGUUACUCUUUACUUUCACGCUCUUGCUCGUGCUCAAGCUCGAUCAUGCCGUCCUCUGCUCAUGGUGGAUCAUUUUUGCCCCACUAUGUCUAUUUCAUGCAGUCACUGCACGAGGCAGAUUCUCUUUACCUGCUCCAUCAAUACCACGUGAUCGGCAUUGGGCACCCUGUCAUGCUGUCGUUGCAACACCAUUGCUCGUUGCAUUUGAACUGCUUCUUUGUAUAUAUCUGGAGAGCAUUUAUGUUCAUGGUUUUGCAGCUGUAAACUUGAAGAUUGUUUUUCUUCCCUUGUUGGCAUUUGAAAUAAUCAUUCUCAUUGACAAUUUCAGGAUGUGUAGGGCUCUAAUGCCUGGAGAUGAAGAAAGCAUAAGCGACGAAGCAAUAUGGGAAACACUUCCUCACUUCUGGGUCGCAAUCUCCAUGGUUUUCUUUGUUGCUGCUACAACCUUCACCCUCCUGAAGCUAUCUGGUACUGUUGGAGCUCUUGGUUGGUGGGAUUUAUUUAUAAAUUUUGGCAUUGCAGAGUGCUUUGCAUUUCUUGUUUGCACAAAAUGGUCUAACCCAGUGAUACAUAGACAUUCUUACAACACAGAAACCAGUUCAUCUUCUACAGCUAAUAGAUAUCUUGAUUGGAAUAAUGACUUAGUGGUUUCUUCAGAAGAAGAUCAGGAUCAAGAUAGAUUGUGUGGCCUGCAAGACAUUGGUGGCCAUAUAAUGAAAAUUCCACUAAUCACUUUUCAGGUUCUGCUUUGUAUGCACUUGGAGGGAACUCCAGCUGGUGCUAGAUAUAUCCCACUUCCAGCUCUUUUCUCCCCUCUUUUCAUACUGCAAGGUGCCGGUGUCUUGUUUUCCUUGUUUAGAUUGGUAGAGAAGAUUGUCCUUUUACUAUGUAGUGGAGCUAGCUCAGGCAGAUACACCACAUUUUCUUCAAGAGCUCAUGACUGUUUUGGGUUCUUGCAUCAUGGAUCAAGGUUGCUUGGUUGGUGGUCAAUUGAUGAAGGAAGUCGAGAAGAACAAGCUCGACUUUACCAAGCUGGGGCUUUUGGAUACAACACAUUUUGUGGUUAUCCUCCUGAGAUAGUGAAGAAAAUGCCUAAAAAGGAUCUUGCCGAAGAGGUCUGGAGACUGCAGGUCGCUCUUGGCGAGCAAACAGAAAUCACAAAAUAUAGUCGGCAGGAGUAUGAAAGACUUCAAAAUGAAAAGGUCUUAUGUAGGGUUUGCUUUGAGCGAGAGAUAAGCACAGUCUUGCUUCCAUGCAGGCAUCGCAUCCUUUGCAGUACUUGCUGUGAAAAGUGUAAAAAAUGCCCCAUUUGCCGGGUCGUGAUCGAGGAGCGCUUGCCUGUCUAUGAUGUAUAGAGUUAUAACUGUACUUGUUCCCUUCCCUCACUAAGGCUGGGGCUAGGGGCCUGACAUAUAUAGUUUACAUAAAAUUUGCAUUUACAGAGUCCUGACGCUGACAGAGGCCUCUACUACUUUAACCUGUUUAUUGUUAAAUUAACAGAAGCAAGCAUUAGGAGAGAUGGAGAAUGUGGUUGUUCUGAUCAUGUUGUAAAGCUGUUUUGUUCUCUGAUUGUAUAUAUACACUACUACACAAUAUUAUGGGAAAAGGAAAAAAAAUGCCAUUAAUGGUGUAAGGAAGUGUUGUGUAAUUUUCUUCCAGCAUGUAUUUAUUACAGAAAUUGAAGAAAAACUAUCCAACUGCAACCUUGUCACUGUCAUUGGAUUUGCUUAAUGAGGAUGGUUCUUUAAAACGAUCA